AUGGCCGCACCUUCUAAUUCUGGUACUUAUGGAUUUGGAAAUCUCGAUCCUCCGAACUCAGCAUUAAAUUCAUUUAUCACAGCUCUAAAAUGGAUGGGCGGAGUUAUGAUUACUGUAGCUACAGCUUCCACCACUCUGGAGAAGUUUCUCAAUAAUAUGGCAAAGGAAAAACCCACCAGAUUUUCACGCUCACAGUUGGGUAAUUUUACCAAAAAUAACUCCCCAAUAUUGGGUUCGGGUGCAUUCGGUGUUGUCUACAGAGGAGAGCUCCCAAAUGGAGUUCCAGUGGCCAUUAAAGUCCUCAAGGAGAAUUUAAGCAAGAUAGUUGAAGAGCAGUUCAUGGCAGAAAUAAGCACAAUUGGAAGAACAUAUCAUGUGAAUUUGGUCAGACUCUUUGGAUUUUGCUUCGAUCCGACGAUGCAAGCACUUGUGUAUGAGUACAUGGAGAAUGGAUCCCUUGACAGUUUCUUAUUUGGAGGGAAGAACAAGAAAGUGGAGUGGGAGAAGCUACAUGAGAUUGUAAUUGGGACAGCAAAAGGGAUUGCUUACUUGCAUGAGGAUUGUGAUCAGAGAUUAAUUCACUAUGAUAUAAAGCCAGGUAAUGUUCUUCUUGAUUCAAAACUAUGCCCUAAAGUUGCUGAUUUCGGAUUAGCUAAGCUCUGUAAUAGGGAUAGUACUUAUGUAACCAUGACAGGUUAUAGAGGGACUCUAGGGUAUACUGCACCUGAACUAUUAGUGCCAUUCCGAGUGACCCAUAAAUGUGAUGUUUAUAGUUUUGGUAUGCUUUUAUUUGAGAUUGUGGGUAGGAGAAGAAACUUCAACCCUAAUGUGAGUGAGUCUAAGGAAUGGCUCCCAAGAUGGACUUGGGAAAAGUAUGCGAAAAGGGAAUUAAUGGAACUAAUGAAACUUUUUGGGAUUGAAGAAGAAGAAGAUAAAAGAAAAGCAAAGAGAAUUUGUUUGGUAGCAUUGUGGUGUGUCCAGCACUCACCUGUGGACAGACCUCUUAUGAGCACUGUGGUUAAGAUGUUAGAGGGAGGGGUUGAAAUUGUUCCCCCUCCAAACCCAUUUCAGUAUCUGGUUUCUGUUCUUGUAGAUCCAGCCAUUUCAUCAACUGGAAACGAUGGAGACUUGAAUUUUCUAUCAUCAAGUGAGCCAACAGAGACACCUUCAAGCACAUCUAAUCAUACCCCAUUAAUUGCGAGGAAGUUGGAGAUAGAGCUGGCUGAUGAGUAG